AUGCGAUUCACAUCGAGAUGGAGCUACGUGUUUAUACACUUAUUCGCAUUCUUCACCUACGCUCAGGUAACCAAUCAGUCCCCGCCUAAUUUCACGCAGCAUGUGAGCGAGCAGAGCAAAGUGACAGACCGCGUGAGCCGCAGGUUGAUCCGGAUCUACCAGCUGUACAGUCGGACCAGCGGCAAGCAUGUGCAGGUUCUGCCCAACAAGAAGAUCAACGCCAUGGCCGAAGAUGGAGAUGCGCACGCCAAACUAAUUGUAGAGACAGACACAUUUGGGAGCCGUGUGCGUAUCAAGGGAGCUGAGACUGGGCUCUACAUCUGCAUGAACAAGAGGGGGAAGCUCAUUGGCAAGAAAAAUGGACAAGGCCGUGACUGUAUCUUCACUGAGAUUGUGUUGGAGAACAACUACACCGCGCUGAGGAAUGCCCGGUAUGAGGGAUGGUAUAUGGCCUUCACCCGCCGAGGACGGCCACGAAAAGGCUCACGGACACGGCAGCACCAGCGCGAAGUCCAUUUUAUGAAGAGACUGCCAACGGGUCAGCAGCCCGCACAUCCCAGCCACCACCGACCAUUUGACUUCAUUCACUACACGUUCAACCAAAGGACUAAACGUACACAGUACUCAUCAGAGCGCUGA